CAUCUCCCCCAAAUUUGAUCUCCUCCUUCAAUUCUUGGUGAAAGAAAAGAAGAACAGAAACAAUCUCAUUUCAAAGAUAGAUAGAUUGCAUUUUGAAUCAAAGAAUCCAAAGAUGUUGAACAAAAUCAAGAAACUAAGCCAGAAAAAGUUCAACAAAUCAGAUCAACACAACCAAGACAACAACAACAACACCAACGUCGUCCGCAGCAGCCGCCCCACAGCCACCACCGCAUCUCCUUUACCAAAUGGCGAGUCCCAGACACCAGCUCCAUCACCUUCCCAGACACCAAACCACCCAAUGUUCACAUCAGCACCAACCCUCGAAGUCCUCCCGUUAUUAAAAGACGUGUCCUCAUCAGAUCGUCCCCUCCUCUUCAUGAAAAAGUCACACAUGUGUUCUUGCCAAUGCGACUUCUCCGACGCGUUGAUCAUGCCACGUGAGAAAGAGAUCAAAAGACAGACACUUCUCGAACUCGUGGAUUUUCUCCACUCCUCCUCAGGUAAAGUCAACGAGACCAUGCAGAGCGAGCUUAUACGUAUGGUCUCCGCCAACAUUUUCAGAUCUCUCCCACCUGCCCAUUACGAGAACACGGGAGCUCCUCCCGAAGGCAACGAUCCAGAAGAGGAAGAGCCUUAUCUCGAGCCGUGGUGGCCUCAUUUGCAGCUAGUCUACGAGCUUCUCUUGCGUUACGUCGUCUCCUCUGAGAUAGAGCCCAAGACUGCUAAAAUAUUCAUCAACCACACGUUUGUCUCGAGACUACUCGAUCUCUUUGACUCCGAGGAUCCUAGAGAGAGGGAAUAUUUGAAAACUGUUCUCCACAGGAUCUACGGGAAGUUUAUAUUUCACCGACCUUUUAUAAGAUGCUCUGUUUACAACAUCUUCUACAAGUUCUUGUAUGAGACUGAGAGGUGUAUUGGGAUAGGAGAGCUGUUGGAGAUUAUAGCGAGUGUGAUCAAUGGGUUUACAGUACCGAUGAGAGAGGAGCAUAGGCUGUUUCUUGUGAAAGCCGUUUUGCCGUUGCACAAGUCUAAAAGCAUCUCUGUUUACCACCAGCAGUUGUCGUAUUGCGUGACGCUGUUUGUGGAGAAAGAUUAUAAACUCGCUGAUACUGUGAUACGUGGGUUGUUGAAGUACUGGCCGCUUACGAAUUGUAAUAAGGAGGUUCUGUACCUGGGAGAGCUUGAAGAGGUUUUGGAUGUUACAGAGCCUUCAGAGUUUCAGCAUUGUGUUGUUCCUUUGUUUACACAGAUUGGGAAAUGUCUUAAUAGCUCACACUUCCAGGUGGCAGAGAGAGCUCUUUUCUUGUGGAACAAUGAGCAUAUCGUUGGCCUGAUUGCUGAGAACAAGGACGUGAUUUUUCCGAUAAUAUUUGAAGCACUGGAGAGGAACAUGAAAGGACAUUGGAACCAGGCGGUGCAUGGUCUCUCUGAGAAUGUUAGAAGAAUGUUUAUGGAGAUGGACAAUGACCUCUUUGAAGAGUGUGAGAAACAUUAUCAAGAGAAUGAAGCUAAGACUUGGGAGUUGUUGGAACAAAGAGAGAUGACGUGGAAGAGACUUGAGGAGGCUGCUUCUUUAGCUGCAAAUUAAAAUCACGUUUUGAUGAUGGCUUUUUUUUAGCUAUUUUCUUUCUUUUGCAAAAGUAAUGUUUUAGAAACUCUAAUAAUUUGUUUAUUUGUUCUUUUUUUUUUCGUUUCAUUUCCUUGGGUCUCUUGUGCAUAGCGACCGGGAAUAUGAAUUCAGAUGUCGCGGACCAGAUCAUGUCAUAGAAGAUAAGUUUAGUACUGUUCACUGCUGCUUCCACAUAACUUGGUAGCAAU